GAGAGAAACAGAGGGGGAGAGAGAGGGAGAUCCGGUAUACAAAACAACAGAGGUUGACGGGACAAAACAGAAUCGAGGACACAAAAAAAGCAGUCACAUUUCUGCGCCAGCUGAAAACGUGCGGGUUAUCUCCGCGUGCGGGUUAUCUUCGCGUGCGGGUUAUCUCUGGGCGUGUGCUGCGGGUGUUUAAACUAUGCGCACGCUCACACCUCCGGCUUUGUUUACGCUGAAGUGAGCACGAGCAGCAUCGCGCAGCGUGUUUGCAACAUUCCACACACUGCUUGGUACGCGACGGGGAUAACGGACCCGCAGCCUGGAGACGCCGAGCAGAGUCCGGAUCAACCUGUCCACGAGACGCAUCCCGGAGUCCGGAUCAACCUGUCCACGAGACGCAUCCCGGAGUCCGAUCAACCUGUCCACGAGACGCAUCCCGGAGUCCGGAUCAACCUGUCCACGAGACGCAUCCCGGAGUCCGGAUCAACCUGUCCACGAGACGCAUCCCGGAGAGGAUUUCGAACCGAUUCGAUCUUUUUUGCGCACAUUUCUCUAGAUCUGUGUUUGUCUGACCCCCCAUAUCCUGCGCCGUAGCGCCGCUCUGGUCAGCGGGGUACAGUCUCUGUGCUUGGGCACCUUAUGACACUUCCACCCACAUCCCCCCAACUCCUCGUCAACACGCCGUGGACACCAGUCCAGCAGUAAAUACCAGCCAGCGCAGCCGAACACAAGCGGGAACAUGGAGAACAGUCCCGGUAGCGUUAUCCUGUACGCAGGCUCAACUGGCAGUGCCAGCCCCAGUCCUGGCAGCCCCUCCAGCGGCUACCAAACCCAGUCACCGUCCUCCCACUCUCAGCCCUCGUCCCCAGAGGGUGUCUCCUUUCAAGAGAUCGGUUCCCAGAAACAGAGAGGCGAGCAAGGAGGCGGAAGUCCGCCACCGCCCAAAAUGGUCUUCCAGUUCCCCGAAGUGAACAAGGCAUCGAGUGCCCAAAUUACAGGAAUGUCACCUGCCACCUACCACCACCCCAUAGCGGCCAAAAGACCUUGUGGAUUUACGGGCUCAUUCACCAAGACCGGCGGCAUGGUGCUCCUGUGCAAGGUGUGUGGCGACAUCGCAUCCGGGUUCCAUUAUGGUGUGCACGCCUGUGAAGGUUGCAAGGGCUUCUUCAGGCGCAGUAUCCAGCAGAAUAUCCACUACAAGAUGUGUGUGAAGAACGAGAACUGUCUGAUCAUGCGCAUGAACCGAAAUCGCUGCCAGCACUGCCGCUUCAAGAAGUGUCUCUCUGUGGGCAUGUCCAGAGAUGCUGUGCGUUUUGGGCGUAUUCCUAAACGGGAGAAGCAGAGGCUGUUGGAUGAGAUGCAGAGCUACAUGAACAGCCUCAAUGAAUCAGGAUGCAUGGAGGCUGAGGCUUCGUCUCCUCCCGAGGACUCCUGCAGUUCGGAGAACCAGUCAAAUGAAGCAGCUGGCGUCAUAUCACAGUCCUACCAGAAUACCUUUGUGCAUGUUGAGGAGAAACCACUCAAGAUGGCUGCCAACAACAAUAAGAACAAUGGCUCUUCAUCUUUCCUCAACAGUGCAGCUCAAGAUUCUGCCUUAUCGCACGGGUCAUCUCAGCUUCAGGCGCAAACCCAUCCUAGCCCCACUCGAUGGUGCCAUUCAAACGUGCCAUCUGGCUAUUAUGUCCCCUCACAUUGCCCUGUCGCCUCUAACAACAACAGCCCUACGAGCACCAACGUCGACAAUGCAAAGUACACCCACAUCUCAUCUUCUGACCAGAGUCGUUGCCCUGUCAGUGGCAGAUCAUCUUCUCAGUCCUACCACACCAACAGCAGCAGCUUUGCACCCAGUGAUUCCCAGAACCAAAAUUCCUGUCCUUGGAAGUUGAACGGAGGAGCCAAAGUGCUGGCAUGUCCUCUAAAUGCCUGUCCCGUGGCUCCUGCCAGUCGUUCCAGUCAAGAGGUGUGGGAGUCUUUCUCCCAGUGCUUCACCCCUGCUGUCAAAGAGGUGGUGGAAUUUGCCAAGAGUAUUCCUGGCUUCCAGAGUCUGAGUCAGCAUGACCAGGUCAUGCUGCUCAAGUCCGGGACGUUCCAGGUUCUGAUGGUGAGAUUUUGCUCAUUGUUUGACCCCCGGGAGAGGACUGUGACCUUCCUCAAUGGACAGACGUAUUCGCUGGCAUCAUUGCGGGCUCUUGGCAUGGCCUCCUUACUGGACUCCAUGUUUGACUUCAGUGAGAAGCUCGGAUCUCUAGGUCUGGAACCUGAUGAGAUGGCCCUUUUCAUGGCUGUGGUGCUGGUUUCUGCUGAUCGCUCUGGUAUAGUGGAGGUCAUGGCAGUGGAGCGACUGCAGGAGAAUCUGAUUCAAGCACUUCGCUCCCUUGUCACCCGCCGUUGUCCCGAUGACAGCACCCUCUUCCCUAAGCUACUACUGCGUCUGCCUGACCUGCGAACCCUCAACAAUCAGCACUCUGACAAGCUGCUGGCCUUCCGCAUAGACCCUUGAGCAGUGAGGGCCAACCCAAAGAAGCGCCGCUUAACAUGGGCAUCUGCCUUUGGGGAACCUCCCUGCUUUCCAUACGGGCCGAGCCAGCUGCAGACUCUGGCCUUUGUGUGACGGACUGUUGUUCGGGGGAACCAUGCCAUGUCUGACUUCCGUGAUUGAAGAGGACCGGGAAAGAAGAAUAAGUGUAGGGAUGAGGACACAGCUAUGGGUGGUGACUCCUGAAACAGACUGGAAAUUGUGAAACCACCCUCAUCAACUGCUGUCACGAUCGUCGAACUCGGACUGCUGACACUUACCUUGUUGUUUACCCCCUCGUCACUUCCAGUGAUUGUCUGAAGACCAAAAUUCGAGAGCCUGUUCCUCCCUCCUUUCUCAUUCCUUACCCCACGUGAUUCUCCGAGCACACACUGUCGCACAACUAACAAGAGAGAUGCACAUUUUCCUGGCCGGAGAAAAGGGAAUAUGGACUCCUUCACCGCCAACGGUAUCUUUCUAUACAUUCAAUGCUACAAGACUAAAAAGCACUUUCCAUCUCUUAAGAAACCUCCAGAAUCAGAUAUGUAAUAUAUAUAUAUAUUUAUAUACAUAUACAUAUACAGCAAUAGAGAUGUUUACCGCGUCAUUGAGAGGACUGUUUGUUUAUGCACUGUCAAAAUAAUCUAAGCUAUUUUCAAAUGAUGAAAUGUUGGAAAUCUUUAUGAAAAUCAUCCCUUUUGGGAUUGUUGAGAAAUGUACAAUAUUUUUUAAGAUUUCAGAGUAAGUUGCAUUAAGUUUGUAUACAAUCUGUGUGCAGUAAUCAGGGAGAUAUAUUGGUCAUUUCAGACCGUGUCUGAUGGGUUGUGUAUCAAGUUGAUCGGAUGUACAUUUUGUAUAUAAUCUUAACGUUUGGUUCUUACCUUGUCAGUGUGCAGAUUCUUGAUAUGGAAAUGAAUUUAUUGUUUGAUUACUGUGUGAAUUAUGAUGGCAAUACUGAGCAAAGUGCUCUUUUCACUGCAAAAAAAAGCAAAAAUGAAAUAAAAAUAAAAUAUAGCAGCGUUUGAACCAUU